AAAAUGUAUAAAUGUAAUGUUACUUACUAGUUGCAUUAAAUGAAUUUGUGUAAAUGAGUUGGACAUAUCUGGACUAAGCCAUUGAAGUAUUGUAUAUUAUGUGAUAAAGUGUUUAAUCAUUAAAAAGUGAACUCAUUCGAAAAUUCUAGAAACGUUUUAAAUGCUACUUAUAGAACAUAACCAUAAAUAAACGUUUUCAUUUAGUAUUGUUUUGGAUGUCCGCACACAUUAGUGACAUUAGUGAUGGUUUUUUAAAUUGCAUAAUGGUAUUUUAAUGAUGCAAAAUUUGAGCUGCAGUCUUAUUGUAUUUUUGGGCGAUUUUCAAAACAACAGCAUUGGUUAAUAAAUCUGGAAGGACAUCAGUCUUUCCUAGUAAUUUUACCAGUCCACGGGUACCCAAAGGUUUAAUCUCAUGUAUAUCUGUAUAAAUUGUGGAACUGAGACAGAAGAACUUUAUAGACGAUACUGUCCAAGCGUUCUUAAAGUUUUAAAAUGCGUAAAGUGUGGAUUAUUAGCUGACAAAUAUAUCGAAUAUGAUCCUGUCAUUGUAUUCGUUGACCUUAUUUUAUUGGAGAAACAAGCCUAUCAGCACCUUUUAUAUAACAGCAAUUUUAAAUCGUAUUGGAAGCUGAUGGUAAUGUUAUGGUUGGCUGAAGCCUUCAGAGUAUGGUCUUUUUGUGAAUCUAUUAAUAGUCAAAAAAGCAAUCAAGAUCUAGAAAACAGAGAUGUAUUUCAAGGAGACUGUAAUUUUUAUAUUCUUUUAUUGCGAACUGCCGUUACAUUGACAGCAUUUAUUGCCACUGUAAUUAUAGUUACUGAAAUACGUUGGCUAAUUAACGGGAAAAGGCCACACAAGUAUAAUGCCAAAGAUUUAACUAGAGCACUUAUUGUGGGAGGAUGUUCUAAAUUGUUAGGAUUAUUAGCUAUUAUAUGGAAACCAAUAGAAUUAGAUCUACAUUACAUAUUUGUUCAGGGCUAUACAGUUUUAUGCCUCAUGACAGCGUAUUCAGUUGUCUGUAAGACUGGAAAGAGUGGAUCUUUAAUCGGAUUGAUUGCUGGAUUUUUGGUUUGCGAUUACAUUUCUAAUUUUGUUUCUACAUUGCCUCUCUGUCCAAUGUUAUUCUAAUGUAAGGAUCGAUCUAAUACUAACGGAUUUUGAUGCUCAGGCAUCCUUGACAGAAAGAAUACUCCAUCCUACCACUAAUCUAUCAAAUCCGCAAGAAAAAAAG